GCAAACGAGGCCUGUCUGUCUCCAUUGACCCCCCCUCAUGGCCCACCAGGCUGUGGCACGGAGCACGCGCAUACCGUACAAGUCCAAGGGGUGGACCCUGGCUGCAUGAGCCCAGAUGUGAAGAAUUCCAUCCAUGUUGGAGACCGCAUCUUGGGAAUCAAUGGCACGCCCAUCCGGAAUGUGCCGCUGGACGAGAUCGACCUGCUGAUCCAGGAGACCAGCCGCCUGCUCCAGCUGACCCUCGAGCACGACCCCCAUGACUUACUGGGCCACGGGCCGGGGUCGGAGCCCAGCCCCCUGCCCUCCCCAGUGCAUGCUCCCGGCGGCCAGGCAGGCAGCUCUGCCCAGCAGAAACCUGUCUUGUAAGUCAACCUUUACUGCUGCAGACAUUAUUCUGGUGCUCUUUCAUCCCUUCCGCUCCACCAGCACUGUGGUCUAGGGAUUGUAAAAGAUGGGAGGAUAGUAGGAAAGAGGACACAGUGGACAGCGCCCCCGCUGGAAGUUAGACUCUGGCCCCGGCACACCCACAUCUUCUGUUUUCCACUCUAAUUUUUUUUUUUUUUGCAUUGAUUAAUUCUUACUUUGUGGGGGAGGGGCACAGAGAUGGGGAGUGAGAAUGCCGCAGCGCCCGUGUGGAAGUCAGAGGACAUCUUGCAGGAAUCAGUCAGGGCUCCUGCCCCAUGUCCAGGGGAUCGAACUCAGGUUGUCAAGGUUGGUGUGGCAAGUGCCUUUACCCUCUCUCUAAUUCUAAAGUGUUUAGAAGGGAAGGCGGUUUUCGGCACACUUUUCUGUAGGCACAUUAACAGGGAGGGAUCAGUGAGGAGCAAGGGUUGAUUGCACCAGCAAAGCAAAGUUUUCCCUUUAGUCAUUCUGGUCUGUUGUUAACCACAGCCAAUGCUUCAGCCCUGGCUGACUGGCACCGCAGAUCUGAACCCAAACCAUCACAUAAAAGCAAAAGUAGAUCUUGGCUUCCCUCUGAAUGUCACAAGCCAGGCCUUCGUCAUCUGCACUGCUCUCAACAUUCUUAUCUUCCAAGGUCCUAGAGAACAACAGCCCACAGAGCUAACACACCCCCACCCCCACCCCCCAGAGCUCCGAGCGCUCGAUGGUCUUCCAACC